AUGGGUAUCUUGCAUUACUUCGAGUUCAUCGUCGGCCGGCUGUUCUACGCCUGUCGCGGCCAUGAUGCCUACCAAAUCAUACGCACACCAGCUUUUAAAGAAUUUCCCGAGCCAAACAUGACUCUCGAAUCUCCUGAAUGCGGCCCCUCUGGAUCUAAACUUCCUCUUCAUUGCUCUUGUCUGGCGGACGACGGUAGAGGAUAUCUCCCAGAAUUGCGGUGGACUCCGCCGAACUGCCGCGAGCCAGUCGAGGAGUAUGUUUUGAUCUGUGAGGAUGUCGAUGCACCAACCCCAUUUUUCGUCUUUCACCACGGACUCAUAUGGGAAAUUCCUUCCUCAACUCUUUCAGCCAGCAAGGAAGACGUCGAACCAGAUGAGCACGCCAAGAUCUCCCGCCAGACCACUGCCGGUUGGCGAUUUGUUCCAAACAUGCUGGGAACACCCUAUGCCGGUGCCGGCGCACCUUUGGGUCACGGAUCGCACCGCUACGUCUUCACGAUCGUCGCUCUUAAUUCGUCGCUGAAGCUCAAGUAUCCCGAAGAAACCAGUAAGAAGGAUAUGAAACGAGCUAUGGAAGGCAAGGUAAUUGGCUGGGGACAGUGGACCGGAGUCUUUGCGAAGCCUUGGCCUAAAUAG